CUACUACGUGCUGGGGCCAAAGGUCACUUGAGUGAUGAAGAUUCCGCCACCGUAGCAGCUUCACUCACCGUCGCACUUGUUUAUUUUUUAAGGGGAACUUAACAAAGGCGGGCGAGCUGCACCAGGACCAAACUGGAGGAAGUCAUGGCACGUCUGGUCGCAGUUUGCAGGGAAGGGGAAGAAGACUACCCAUUUCUCACCAGACAGAUUCCCCUGUAUAUCGAUGAUACUCUCACGAUGGUGAUGGAAUUUUCUGAUAGUGUCAUGGAUGUUGACAGCCAAGAAAUAAACACCCCUCACUGGAAACAAUUUUCUGAGUAUCACUCCAAAUUGAAGCAGCAGGACUUAAAUAUCGCCCUGAUGGUGACAUCCAGAGAGGUGUACAGUGCAAUCUCAGCUGGUGCCAUGUGUGGGCUGCAGACGAAGCGUGGAGCGUCUCUUCUCACAUUUAGUGGAAUCAGGGAACCCGGCCCUGGAGCCCCUCACACUGAAACCCACAGGCAUGCUCUCUGUCACCAAGACCUGUUCAGCAGACGUAAAGAAGCUCUACACCCUCUUCUAUGUCCAUGGGUAAGAUACAAAAUAAUGUGGUUUUUCAUUUUCACUGCCAAAUAGAUCACACCAUAUGUCAAAAGAGAAAAGCCAACAAGUGAUUUUGUUAGUUAAAAACAGAGCGAACCAAAACUCCAGUAUGUGACAUGACCAAGACAGUUUUCUGGGUUUGUUGGAAUACAACAUUAGGAUAAUACAAUACCGAGCUGAAAUACUGCUCUCUUGUACGGGUGCUGGU